AUGGAAUACGGGCAUGCUCAGAGGUCAAAAUAUGAAUGUCUUCUUUUUGAUCUAGACGACACUCUUUACCCCCUUAGUAUUGGUCUGGCUGUUGAUGUCACCAAGAGCAUUGAAGAUUUUAUGGUUGAAAAGCUUGGUAUAGAACAAAGCAAAAUUAUUGAGUUGGGUAAUUUAUUGUACAAGAAUUAUGGAACCACAAUGGCAGGCCUAAGGGCAAUUGGCUACAAUUUUGACUAUGAUGAGUAUCAUAGUUUUGUCCAUGGUGGAUUGCCUUAUGAAAAAUUGAGGCCUGACCCUAUUCUGAGAAGUCUUUUGCUAAGCCUACCGAUCCGCAAAGUUAUCUUUACAAAUGCUGAUGAGGUUCAUGCUCUCAAAGUUCUAAAUAAACUUGGAUUGGAAGAUUGUUUUGAAGGGAUAAUAUGCUUUGAGACUCUUAAUCCAAUUGACAAGAGAAAUGCUACUACUAAUAAUGGCUCUCAUGAGAUCUUUGACAUAAUUGGACAUUUUUCUCAACCUAAGGCUGGCUCCGUGUUGCCAAAGACACCAAUUCUUUGCAAACCUUCACAAGUUGCCAUUGAAAGGGCAUUGGACCUUGCCAACAUCAUUAAUCCACACACAACACUUUUCUUUGAAGAUAGUGUGCGUAACGUUCAAGCUGGCAAGCGUGUAGGUCUUGAUACAGUUUUGGUUGGGAAGUCCCAAAAAGUUGUAGGUGCAGAUUAUGCACUAGAAAGUAUCCACAACAUAAAGGAAAUAUUACCACAACUUUGGGAAGUUGAGAAGGUGGCUGAAGUUACCUACUCUGGUGUUGCUGUGGAGACAUCUGUCAUAGUUUAG